CGAGGUGAAAAAACUAGCCUCAUUUUGUAAAGUUUUAUGUGUCUCCGUUUGAAUUUUGUUUAUUUUAGUAUUGCAGAUUACUACAACUCUUUUUUAAGGAAGCAUGAAGAUAACCAGAUGUAUUUUCUCUUAGAACUUGGAGGAAAAUCGUUGGGAGAGUACUAUCGUCAAAAAGUUUCUGAAAGGCAUGGAAGAAACGCUAGAGUAGAAAGGCAGUUUCUAAAGAAUAUUCUUAAAGGAGCGGCUCAAGCACUACUACAAUUUCAUCAACGUGAGUAA